UUGGAGGCGGUUGCGGAGCGGGCCCGGGCCGGGGGGGGCUGCUCUGACUGGGGCUGUUUGCCGCCGCCGCCGCCGCCGCCGCCAGCACCGCCAUGGGCACGGUGCAGCAGCGCCUGCAGCGCUUCCUCCAGCGCCCCGGGCCGAUCGGGGACCUGCUGGGGCGGCUGGAAGCCCGCACCGGUAUCGACCGGCUCUACCUGGCCACAGGCUCUGUGGCAUUCCUGGGGCUGUACCUCAUGUUUGGCUACGGAGCCUCACUCCUCUGCAACCUCAUCGGCUUCGCCUACCCUGCCUACAGCUCCAUCAAAGCCAUUGAGAGCUCCAGCAAGGAGGACGACACCACCUGGCUCACCUACUGGGUGGUGUAUGGAGUCUUCAGCAUAGCAGAGUCCUUCUCUGACCUCUUCCUCUACUGGUUCCCCUUCUACUACGUCGGGAAGUGCCUGUUCCUGGUGUGGUGCAUGGCUCCAGUGUCCUGGAAUGGCUCACAGGUGCUCUACCAGAACCUCCUCCGUCCCUGCUUCCUCAAGCACCACCAGGCUGUGGACAAGGUCCUGGGCAGCCUUGGCACCAAGGCCCUGGAUGCAGCUUCCACUGUCACCAGAGAAGCCUCCAGAGCAGCUCUGAACGUGGUGCAUGAAGCAAAGAAGGACUGAAAGGAGCCUCCGGCGGCCCCGGUACCGGCACUGCGGCCCUGAGCCUGGGGCCUGGAUCCCCCUGGGCCCCACCGCUGCUACCCCCAAUAAACUCCCGCGACGCUC